AUGUUUCGUCAAAUCAAUGUUCACCCAGAUGAUUGGGACUAUCAACGGAUUCUCUGGGUAGAUGAUGACAAUCAACCUCCAUCAUAUCAUCUCACCACCGUUACAUACGGCACGCGUCCAGCACCAUAUCUUGCUGGCCGUGUUCUCAAACAGCUGAUCAUCGAUGAAGGAGAUAAGUAUCCACUAGCUGUUGAACCUUUUGAAAAAGGCAGUUACGUGGAUGAUAUCUGCGGAGGCGCUGAUAACGUCAAUCAUCUCAACAACAUCGCAUCUCAAGUGGAAGCAAUAUGUCUUGCUGGUUGUUUUCCACUAGCCAAGUGGAAAAGCAACCAUCCUCAGUUCAGCAAAUUGUCAUCAUCUAACAUCUCAAAUUCACACGAGUUCAACGAAUCUACAUCCGAAAUUCUUGGACUUUCCUGGAAGUGUCAAUCAGAUCAUCUCACAUUCACUGGUCAUACAUCUCAAAAGGCUGCCAUCACCAAAAGAUCAAUUUUAUCUGAAACAGCCCAGUUAUUUGAUUCACUAGGACUCAUCUCACCUGUAGUCAUCAAAGCCAAGAUCUUGAUGCAAGAUCUAUGGCUAGAAAAAAUUGGAUGGGACGAUUCACUCUCACCUCAGAUAAUUCACCGUUGGAAGAAAUUCCGAGAUGAAUUACCUGAAUUAUUACAACUUAAAAUUCCUCGCUGGUUAAACAUCUCAUCAGACAUCUCAAACAUUGAGAUCCAUGGAUUUUCUGAUGCGUCACAGCAUGCGAUAGCUGCUGCUGUCUAUAUCAAGACUCAUCAUCACCUCACACCAGCGAAAAUAACUCUUGUCUGUGCAAAGACUCGAGUUGCACCACUGAAACGUCUCACCAUUCCUCGUCUCGAACUAUCAGCAGCUCUGCUCCUCACUGAACUCAUCUCUCACGUGCAAACCACUCUCAAUCUUCAAGAUGUUCCAGUUUAUCUCUGGACAGACUCAGCGGUGGCUCUUGCCUGGAUCAAACAAGAACCAAGUAAAUGGAAAGAGUUUGUAAAAAACAGAGUUCAAUCCAUUCAACAAAAUCUACCAGCAGCCAACUGGAAGUUCAUCUCAGGAAAACAGAAUCCUGCAGACUGUGCUUCCAGGGGAUUGACUCCAUCUUAUCAACUCUGGUGGUCAGGUCCAACCUGGUUACUAGAGCCAUCUCACCAAUGGCCAGAAUUUACAUCUCAAGAAGAUCCUGAAGUGGACACUGAACGCAAAUCAGCUCAAUCUCAUCUUGCAAUCACCAGUCCAAGUUUACCACUUGGUGACUUGCUUGAAUCAUCAUCCAAUCUCACAAGAUUGCUCAGAAUUACUGCAAUUAUUAAGCGAGCCGUUGCAGUCUUCAGAAAAAUUCCUGCAUCAUCUCUUCACGUCUCACCACUCACACCAGCUGGUAUACACUCAGCUUUGUACUUUUGGAUUAAAAAUACUCAACAAGAAUAUUUCAAGAACGAAAUCUCACAAUUAUCACAAAACAAAUCGUUUUUGAAAUCUCAUCCAUUCUCACGCCUCACAGCAUACAUCGAUUCCACUGAUAUUGUACGAGUUUGUGGACGACUACAAAAUUCUCAUGUCGACACGGACAGCAAACAUCCACCAAUACUACCAAAGAAAUGUCAUCUCUCUCAUCUCAUCAUCUCUAAUGCGCAUGCUCGCACAAUGCAUGGAGGUACGCAACUGAUGCUAGCUGCCGUGCGCAAGAAGUGCUGGAUAUUUAGGGAAAGAAUCCCAUUUAAAUCUUACAUUCAACGCUGUGUUGUCUGUGUAAGACAGAGAGCUCAGCGAUCUCAACAGUUGAUGGGUCAACUGCCUACAUCUCGAGUCUCACCAUCACUCGUCUUUGAAAGCACUGGCGUAGACUACGCUGAGCCUGUUCAACUAAAAUACUUUCAAGGACGAGGUACACGCUGCUACAAAGGCUGGAUUGCAGUCUUUGUAAUGCUUCUCAACUUCUGCAAUUCACUUGGAAGCUGGGCAGAUGUCAUUCUCAAACAACUUCUCACUGGUGCACUCAACGAAUCAUCUCAUCUCCAGCAAAUUCUCACCUCAGACGGAACUCAGUGGAUUUUUAACCCACCUAGUGCUCCUCACAUGGGCGGCAAGGGGGAAGCCGCUGUAAAAUCUGUCAAACAUCAUCUCCAACGCACAAUUGCUGAUUUACUUCUCACCUACGAAGACUUCUCAACAUUCCUUACUCAUGUUGAGAUACUAUUAAACUCAAGGCCACUCAGUGCACUUACUGAUGACCCAGAGGACAUCGCAGCUCUCACCCCUGGACAUUUUAUCCGAGGUGCGCCACUCAACACUGUACCUGAACCCAGUGUCACUAGUGUACCAACAUCUCGUCUCUCACUCUAUCAACGAAUACAAGAAAGACUUCAGUAUUUCUGGGAACGCUGGUCUGUUGAAUGUCUGCAAUCUCACCAAUCCAUCUCAAAGUGGCAUACAUCUCACCACGAUAUCAAGAUUGGUUCAUUGGUUCUCAUCGUUGACGAGAGGUAUCCACCAUCAAAAUGGCCUCUUGCCAGAGUUACUCAUCUCCAUCCUGGUAGUGAUGGUCUUACCAGAGUCGUCACUGUCAAGACUGCCACCUCAACAUUCACCAGACCAGUCACCAAGCUGGUUCUGUUACCCAUCUCAACAGCCAAAGAAGAUUCUCAUCUCUUACCAUCUCAUCAGUAUCUUCUCCAACGAGUUGGCGAAGGCGGGGAGAAUGUUCGAAUCUCCCGCGCUUGCGUUUCACGUCGCUACUCUAAGGCCGGUUAA